AAACUUUUGUUUAUAACCCCACCCCCAUUUCUCCAAAUAUUUUCUCACUGUUUCUUCUCUGCUCUGAAAAAAAUAAUAAAAAAAUGGACAGUGCAACAAGAAGAGGGCCUUUUUGUUAUACUGCUUUACAAAAGAAGAGUAGCUUCAGGAAUCUUUCUUCCAUUUCCUCUUCAUCUUCAAUGUCAUCUCCUAGAUCUGCUGGUGGCAGAAAGUACUAUGAUACUACUAGAUUUGAACAACAACAACAACCCCAUUUUUUGGAAGCUUGUUUUCUUUGCAACAAACCACUUGGUUAUAACAGAGACAUUUUCAUGUACAGAGGGGAUACUCCAUUCUGUAGUGAAGAAUGCAGGCAAGAACAGAUAUAUUUGGAUGAAGCCAAGGAGAAAAAAAUAAAUCUUUCAGCAACCAAGGCCUUGAGAGAAAAGGAGCAGACUACCUCUACCAAAAAUUACCAUUUUCCUAGAGGCACAGUUGCUGCUGCUUGAGUGAAUUAAAGUCAAAAUAUUAGUACUAUAUAUACUACUACUACUACUAAAACCCUCAUAAAAGAUAAUGAGAUGGAAGGAUGCAGAAGACUUUUUUUUUUUUUUAUGUUAAUUAAUCUUGAAUACUUUAGUAAAGUGAUAUGUAAAUGAUGAUAUGGAAGGGGAGGGUGUGCUGUUGGUUAUGCUCUAUAUAUCAUACAAAAAUAGCUCUUUUUUUUUUUGGUGAGCUGCUCAAGUUUGUUUGAUUUGUACCCUCAGAGUGAUAUGUAAAUGAAUUUCUACUUUUUACAGUA